GCAGCCUCUUCAACGACUGACGACAAUGGUCCACCUCCUGACGACUGAAGCGAGCGCGCCUGGCAAGGUCAUCCUCUUCGGCGAGCAUGCUGUCGUCUAUGGCACGACGGCCAUCGCUGCGUCCGUGUCCAGCCUCCGCGUCUCGGCGCGCGUCAGCGCCACGGCGACGCCGUCGGUUCGCCUUGCGUUGAACAACCUCACGAGCAUGAAGGACGGCAAGCCGCUCGUGCGGUCGUGGCCGCUCGCGGCGCUGGCGUCGGUCUUCCGUGGUUUGACCGAUGGAUUCCUCCCGCGGCCGUCCGUGGCCAUUGUUGCUGCGCUCCAGUCGGCACUUGUCGACGAGCACCCCAAGGAUAUCAACGCGCUUCGGCCCGCGCUCUUCCUCCUCGUUGCGAUUGCGCCAUCACUUCUCUCGUCGACCACGUCGGGCGUCGACAUUGACGUCGUCAGCGGUGCGUUCCCCGUCGGCGCUGGCCUCGGCUCGUCCGCCGCCUUUUGCACGGCCGUCGCCGCUGCGCUUCUCAAAGCGACGGCGUCGACGACGACCACGGUAGCCCUCGAUGACGUCAACACGUAUGCAUUCGCGGCCGAGGUGCUCCUGCACGACAACCCGUCCGGUGUCGACAACAGCGUCGCCACGUACGGCGGCGCCAUCGUCUUCAAGAAGGGACCCACGACUGAAAUGACCAAGCUCGCUCUGCCGCCGCUGCGCAUUCUACUGACCAACACGCACGUUCCGCGCGAGACCAAGGUGCUCGUCGGCGGUGUCCGCGUGCUCUAUGACGCCGAUCCGGCGGCGAUCCAGCGCCAGUUUGACGGCAUCGAGGCGCUUGCCUCUUCUUUCCAAGCCCACGUCGCGGCCAAGACGCUGACGGCAUCGGUCCUGGCGCCCAUGAUGGCGGCCAACCAAGACGCCCUCGAGACGCUGCAAGUGAGCCAUGCUAGCAUCCGUGCCAUCUGCGCUGCGUCGGCCGCGCGCGGCCUCACGACCAAGCUCACGGGCGCGGGCGGUGGCGGCUGUACGAUCACGCUCAUUCCGCAAGAUUGCCCGAGCGAGACCUUGGCUGCGCUCGUCGCCGACCUGCAACGGCUCGGGUUUACAUGCCUCGAGACUGCGCUUGGCGGUGCCGGUGUCGAGUGGUCGCUCUAGAGUCCGUCGUCUCAUGCUAGUAGACGCAAGCUUCAUUCGU